UCUAAUUUUCAUUCCCGAUUUGAUCGAAAGGUUACGGCCAAAGGGUCAGUAUGUUUCAUAAAUAUCAAAACAGAAUCACGCACCUGUAAAAUCAGUAUAAAACAUACCCAGCCAGCUGUAGCUACCUUUCAGUAGGUGCUGCUACCUAUAGCUGGUAACAAGCUCCUAGAAAGAAUAUCCGAAAAUGUUCAUUCGGUUACUUCCACUGGUGAUUAAUCUGUGGUGUUUCAUUGUUAGUACAACUGGUUUCAGUUCCCUGCGUCAUCCGGAACGUUUCAAUGAACAACUUGUCAACUACAAGGGUCGGGAACAAUCGAACGGAUACUUUGAGCUAGCCAGCGAAGCUUAUUACACCGGUGCGUACUACCAAUCGGCAGAGGAGGAAAACAAAACUGCGACAUGCAUGUGGACAGAUUGUUUCCAAGAAGCAAAUUGGCCCACCGUUACCCGUGAUCGACGUCGUGUAGAUCCAACGUUCUAUGGACACCCAAAAACGCGGGAACAAAUAUGGGAACGGAACUUCGCUCACGUCAUUAUGGACAAUCGGCAAACACUAUCGCUGGUGACACUUCUGAACAAAAUCAUCCUAAAAUAUCUCUACAGCUGCAUACCGAUCGUACUGUACGACACGUACGUGGGCACCACGGAGAACUACAUCCUUGAGGCAUUGUUCAGCGAGUUUCCCACGACCUACAUUACGGGACGCAUCGGUCCAAACUACACGCUGGACAAUCCGGGUAUUUUGGAACCGUUUGGUCCGCAGUGUCGUAGCUACAUCAUCUUUCUGGCGGACGUAAUGAUGACGCGUAAGGUGAUCGGCCCGCAGCUGAACAGCUAUGUCGUGCUUAUACCACGCUCAAGUCAAUGGAAAUUACAAGAAUUUCUGGCCGCGAAACAAUCACGCGAUAUCAUUAAUUUGCUCGUGAUAGGAGAAUCAUACUCCGUGGAUAAACGCAUCAACAACGAACAACCGUACGUACUGUACACCCAUGAGCUGUACAUCGAUGGGCUGGGUGCAAAUAGACCGCAGGUUCUUACCUCCUGGAUUGGGAACAAAUUCUCGCGCAACAAUGUGAAUCUGUUUCCAAAGAAAUUACGGAAAGGUUUCUCAGGACACAGGUUCACAGUGAUGGCCGCUCACCAGCCACCGUUUAUGAUUAAGCGUCUAUCGACGGAUGGUGUGGGCAAUGUGAAUAUACGUUGGGAAGGACUCGAAAUACGGCUAAUGCGUGCAAUGGCGUUAUACCUCAACUUUACUUUCGACAUUGUCGAACCGGCCAAGUUGGAAAUGGGCCCUGGCGAUGCCGUUGUGGAUGAGAUACAGCGAAGGCAGGCCGAUGUAGGGUUGGCCGGAAUAUAUGUAACGAUCGAGCGUAAUCUUGCCACUGAAAUGUCGGUAUCCCACUCAACGGAUUGUGCAGCUUUCUUAACGCUUAUGUCCAGUGCCUUGCCGAGAUAUCGCGCCAUCUUAGGACCCUUCCAGUGGCCAGUAUGGGUAGCGGUGAUCCUCAUCUAUCUAUUGGCCAUUUUCCCACUCGCUUUUUCCGACAAAAUGACACUACGACAUCUGCUCGGCAACUGGAGUGAGAUUGAGAAUAUGUUUUGGUAUGUGUUCGGUACAUUCACCAACAGUCUCACCUUUCAGGGUGAGAACUCUUGGAGCAACACCAAGAAGACAUCAACUCGCAUGCUGAUCGGUAUCUAUUGGGUAUUCACGAUCAUUAUUACCGCUUGCUACACGGGAUCGAUCAUUGCCUUUAUCACGCUUCCAGUCGAACCGGAACGUGUCGAUGGUGUGGAUCAGCUACAACGUGGUUUUUAUCGUGUAGGUACAUUGGAUCGUGGUGGCUGGGAACGUUGGUUUCUUAAUUCAAGCCACAAGCAAACGAACAAGUUGCUGAAAGAUUUACGAUUUGUAAGCAGCGUCGACGAGGGCAUCCGGAAUGUUACCGAUGCGUUCCUCAUUUCGUAUGCCUUCAUCGGUUCUAAAAAUGAAUUAGAGUUCCUGAUCCAAUCAAACUUAUCACAUCAAUUUCAAAACAAACGCUACGGCUUACAUGUCAGUCGUGAGUGCUUUGCCUUGUAUGGUGUGUCAAUGGUGUUUCCGCCCAACUCGGUGCAUCGGAAUCCAAUAAACAACGCAAUUCUUUACAUGCAGGAAGCUGGUCUAAUAAGCAAACUCAACAAGGACGUAACGUGGGAAACUGUCAAGACGAAGGAUGGACACUUUAGGGAAGCGUCUGUUGGGGAAGUUCUAAAAAUCACUGCACCCUCCGAACGGGGCCUUACACUUGCCGACACGGAAGGUAUGUUUCUGCUCAUGCUAUUCGGUUACGUAGUAGCACUAGGGGUGCUCAUCUCCGAAUGGGUUGGCGGUUGUACCAACAAAUGUCGUGAGGUACUAAAGGAACGUGCUGAACGUUUGAAGGCGGCCGCAGCUGAAGUUGCUGCUGCAGCUACCGGUAGUGAAACAUCCUCCAUUCCUGCAUCCACUCCAUCAUCUGCUAAUGAAAACACAAUCCGCAAACGGAUCAAUGGCACCGAGAGAUCCCUGCCAGCGAGUAAUGAUGGUUCGGAAAAGGUACGUCGCAUUAGACUUACUGGGGAAGAUCCACCCAAUGGAUCUCAGGCAAACGAGCACGAGAGCCCGAUAGAUGAUUGUAGUGCAGGGUCCUCAUUGCACCGCCACAGUCUCUCCGAAUGCCUAUCGGAGGUAAGUGCUCAUACAAUGCAAGAACUCUACAAUGGGCCCGAUCGGCGACAUUCGACGAUCGUUUUCCUGGAUGGACAGCUAAUGUCGGAAGAGGAAGCUAAACGGAAAGUCGCUCGAUCUAAGUCCAGACAUCGGCACAGCUUAAGUUCCGUUUUGGAACGUGAGGUCAGCCAAUUGUUUAGAUUCCUGGGGAAGGAUUCAACGCACAGCUCCCAAAGAGAGCCGGCCGAAACGAGUGGUCUUGUCAGAAGAUUGCCUGCGGUUUGCCGUGAAAGUAAGGAAGUUGAGGUAGCGGUCGAGAUCAACACACCGGGAAAUGUGCAGGAGCAACAACCAGCGGUGGUAACAAGUCGUCGCAGUAUCGAAGCCACUUUUGGAGAAAAAUUAUUACAUUAAACAAAUAAAUAUGAACUAAUCAACAUUAAAACUGCAUAAUCAUAA